AUGACUCUGGAGCAGCGAACGUCCCUGUUCAGCCGCAUGAAUCAGAUUGGACGGUCAGUCGGUAUACAUUUUAAAGGUGGAGGUAUGAUUGGGAAUACUCGUGACGCGCAUCGCCUUGUUCAUCUUUGCGGAACCCAGUCUCCUGAGGUUCAAAGUGCGCUGGUGGAGAAGGUCCUUGAGGCCUAUCAUGAGUUAGAGAAAGAUAUUUCAUCAAAGGAGGUAUUGACUGAGCUGGCUGUGGAUGCUGGGCUCGAUGGGAAGCAGGUGCGUGAGUGGUUGGAUUCUGAGCUGGCGGCAGAUGUUGUGGACGAAGAGGCCCGCAAGAAUAAAGAGGAAGAGGGCAAUACCGGUGUCCCUCGUUAUGUUAUUCAGAAUGUGCAUCGGUUGGCUGGUGCCGAAGAUCCCUCUGAGUUUAUUGGGAUUUUUGCGAAGGGUUAG